GGCCUCGCCUGGCAUACUGAGGAGGCGACGCUCCGACAGAAGUUUGAGGAGUUUGGCGCUGUUGAUGAAGCUGUAGUUGUUAAGGACCGUGACACGGGCCGCAGCCGUGGAUUUGGCUUCGUCCGCUAUACCAAUGAGGACGACGCGCAGCGCGCCAUCGCUGCCAUGAACAAUAUUGAGUUUGACGGUCGAACCAUUCGUGUCGACAGGGCUUCCGACAGUGGUCCACGUGGAGGCUACCCUCCACGCGGCGGCGGC